CACGACAGGGGGCGGGGCGGGUGUACAUGACGUCUCCUCACUUCCCGGUGAGACCGCGCUGCGACUUCCACUUCACGUUGCCGAAAGAGGCUUUCAGGACCAUGGAGAAUCACGUUGACAGCCACGAAACUGAUGCGUUUGCCGGCUUCAGCGCGGCGUUCAAGUCGUUCGCCACGGAGGCCAUUCACGUCGGCCAAGAGCCGGAACAAUGGACGUCAAUGGCUGUCGUGCCGCCGAUUUCUCUCUCGACCACGUUUAAGCAACACGCCCCGGGGAAACACGCAGGCUUUGAGUACAGUCGCAGUGGAAACCCGACAAGGAACUGUCUUGAGAAGGCUGUCGCGGCACUGGACGGGGCCAAGUACUGUCUGGCGGUGGCUUCAGGUCUGGCAGCAACAGUCACCAUCACUCACAUGCUGAAAGCAGGAGACGGCAUCAUCUGCAUGGAUGAUGUUUACGGAGGAACCAAUCGCUACUUCCAAAGAGUCGCUGCAGAGUUCGGGCUGCACAUCACUUUGGUGGAUUGUACCAAUCUGGAGCUGCUCAAGGCGGCCAUGAAGCCCAACACCAAAAUGGUGUGGCUGGAGACACCCACCAACCCCACCAUGAAGGUGGUGGACAUCAGGGCCUGCUCCGACUUGGUGCACCACCACAGCAAGGACAUCGUGGUGGUGGUGGACAACACCUUCAUGUCCGCCUACUUCCAGCGCCCCCUGGCUUUGGGAGCAGAUAUCUGCAUGUACUCAGCCACCAAGUACAUGAACGGUCACAGUGACGUGGUGAUGGGCCUGCUGUCAGUGAGCAGAGAAGAUCUUUAUGACAGACUGAAGUUCCUGCAGAACGCACUUGGGGGCGUGCCCUCCCCCUUUGACUGCUACCUGGUCAACCGCGGGCUGAAGACCCUCCACCUGCGCAUGGAGCGCCACUUUAAGAACGCCAUGGCUGCUGCCAAGUUUCUGGAGGCUGAUUCCAGAGUGGAGCGUGUCAUCUAUCCUGGUCUGUCGUCUCACCCUCAGUAUGACGUGGUGAAGAGACAAUGCACAGGAUGUCCGGGCAUGAUCACCUUCUACAUCAAGGGGAACCUCAAACAUGCCGAGACCUUCCUCAGUGGCCUCAAAAUGUUUGCAGUGGCUGAGAGUCUUGGUGGCUACGAAAGUUUAGCAGAACACCCGGCCAUCAUGACGCACGCCUCAGUGCCCGAGAAGGAAAGAAGCAUCCUGGGCAUCAGCGACACUCUGAUCCGACUCUCUGUAGGACUGGAGGAUGAAGCUGAUAUCAUAGAAGAUCUGGAUCAAGCACUGAAUGCUGCUCAUCCCAAGAAGAAGAAGUGAAGUGUGAGAAGAAAAACCAAUCAGCUGUCCAGGAACACAAAGUUCUUCAUGGGAGAAAAAUGUCAUUUUGUCAUUUCUUGUUACAAUUCUUGUUGUUUUCAGCAGAACAACACAACUUUUAUUUAUCUCUUCUGCUUUUCUGGCUUUGCAAACGGAGCGAAAUGAUCCAAAAAUGUUUUGCAGGACACAAUAUUGUGUUAGCAUCAUGCUACACCUGGUUAUAUUUUUAAAUUCGUAGCAAUAACAUCAUACUCAUGAGAAGAUAAUGUAUGAUAGUUGAAUAAAUUAUGAAUAAUUGUG